UCGGCGGGACUCGGCGGGACCAGGAAGAGAGCGGGAGCGGGACAGGUGGCCCCGGGGCGGCUCCGAGCAUGAGCGCGGGGCCCGGCCGAGGGACCGGAAGGCUCCCGCCUCUGCGAUCGGGGGGCGCCCGGGGGCGCCCGAACAUGGGGGCCUGGUAGCGGGAGUGCAGCUGUCUCCAGAGGCCCGCAGGAUGCGGACCCCCGGCCCGGGCGCGGCCUCCAUGGCCUCGCUGGUGCUACUGUGGCUGCUGGGGCUGCCGUGGACCUGGAGCACGGCGGCGGCUGUCGGCGUGUACGUGGGAGGCGGCGGCUGGCGUUUCCUGCGCAUCGUCUGCAAGACAGCCCGGCGGGACCUCUUCGGCCUGUCGGUGCUGAUCCGGGUCCGACUGGAGCUGCGUCGGCACCAGCGCGCGGGCCACACCAUCCCGGGCAUCUUCCAGGCGGUGGCCCAGAGGCAACCCGAGCGCCUGGCGCUGGUGGACGCGGGCAGCGGCGCCCGCUGGACCUUCGCGCGCCUGGACGCCUACGCCAACGCCGUGGCCAACCUGUUCCGCCAGAGGGGCUUCGGGCCGGGCGACGUGGUGGCUUUGUUCCUCGAGGGCCGGCCCGAGUUCGUGGGCCUGUGGCUGGGCCUGGCCAAGGCGGGCGUGGAGGCGGCCCUGCUCAAUGUCAACCUGCGCCGGGAGCCGCUGGCCUUCUGCCUGGGCACGUCGGGGGCCAAGGCCCUGGUCUUCGGGGCCGAGCUGGCAGAGGCGGUGGCCGAGGUGAGCGCCCAACUCGGGAAGAGCCUGGCCAAGUUCUGCGCCGGAGAGCCGGGGCCCGAGGGCAGCCUGCCGGACACGCAGCUCCUGGACCCGCUGCUGGUCAGCGCCUCCACCGAGCCCCCCGCACAGCCGCCCGGCAAAGGCAUGGACGAUCGGCUCUUCUACAUCUACACCUCGGGGACCACGGGGCUGCCCAAGGCCGCUAUCGUUGUCCACAGCAGGUACUACCGCAUCGCCGCCUUUGGCCACCACGCCUACAGCAUGCGGGAGGCCGACGUGCUGUACGACUGCCUGCCCCUGUACCACUCGGCAGGGAACAUCAUGGGCGUGGGCCAGUGCCUCCUCUACGGGCAGACCGUGGUCCUGCGCAAGAAGUUCUCGGCCAGCCGCUUCUGGGACGACUGCGUCCAGUUCGACUGCACGGUGGUGCAGUACAUCGGCGAGAUCUGCCGCUAUCUGCUGAGGCAGCCGGUGCGGGAGGCUGAGGGCCGGCACCGUGUGCGUCUGGCCGUGGGCAAUGGGCUGCGCCCCGCCAUCUGGGAGGAGUUCAGCGAGCGCUUUGGGGUGCGGCAGAUCGGCGAGUUCUAUGGCGCCACCGAGUGCAACUGCAGCAUCGCCAACAUGGAUGGCAAGGUGGGUGCCUGUGGCUUCAACAGCCGCAUCCUGCCGCACGUGUACCCGAUCCGGCUGGUGAGGGUGAACGAGGACACCAUGGAGCUGCAGCGGGACUCGCAGGGCCUUUGCAUCCCCUGCAAGACCGGGGAGCCGGGCCUCCUGGUGGGCCAGAUCAACCAGCAGGACCCGCUGCGGCGCUUCGACGGCUACAUGAGCGAGAGCGCCACCAGCAAGAAGGUGGCACACAGCGUCUUCCGCAAGGGGGACAGCGCCUACCUGUCAGGUGACGUGCUGGUGAUGGACGAGCUGGGCUACAUGUACUUCCGCGACCGCAGCGGCGACACGUUCCGCUGGCGAGGGGAGAACGUGUCCACCACCGAGGUGGAAGCCGUGCUCAGCCGCCUGCUGGGCCAGACCGACGUGGCGGUGUACGGCGUGGCCGUGCCAGGAGUGGAGGGCAAGGCCGGCAUGGCCGCCAUCGCCGACCCCCAGGGCCAGCUGAACCCCGAUGAGCUCUACCAGGACCUGCAGAAGGUCUUGGCACCCUAUGCCCGUCCCAUCUUCCUGCGCCUCUUGCCUCGAGUGGAUACAACAGGCACCUUCAAGAUCCAGAAGACGCGGCUGCAGCACGAGGGCUUCGACCCCCGCCAGACCUCCGACCGCCUCUUCUUCCUGGACCUCAAGCAGGGCCACUACCUGCCCCUGGACCAGGACGUCUACGCGCGCAUCUGCGCAGGCGCCUUCGCCCUUUGACGUUCCCGCCGGCCCCGCCCCCUGCUCCUCCCUGCCCCGCUGGCCCCCAGCGAAAGGGGCGGCCGCGCCUGCUGUGGGCGUGUCCUCGCUGGGAAACCGUGGAGCCACGCCCCUCCACGGCCCAACCAAUGGAACUGCCUGGCAGCGCCUGUGGGCGUGUCCUCCCUUGACAGGAGGUGGGGCCACGCCCCUCUCGUUUUCUCCAAUGGGGUUGCUCCUUUCGAAUCUGUGGGCGUGUCCUCCCUGUGAUACCUUGGUGUAGCCACGCCCCCUGCUGGCCCUCCAAUGAGGUUGCCCCUGCCUUCCCCUAUGGGCGUGUUUUCCC